AAAAACUACAGCUCCCAGAACACACCGACGAGUUACGUCCGCUUCCUGUUUCCCCACAACAUGGUGUCUUUCUAGAAACGCUGGGGCUACGCUCGCUGCACGGUUUGGAUUGUAUUUAAAAGAUGGCCGGGGUUAUUACAGAUAAAAAGGAGCGCUCGUCCUCCAAGGAGCGUGACAAGGACAAGGACAAGGACAAAGAGAAGGACAAGGAUAGAAAGAGAUCAAGAACCCGGUCCAGAGAGAGGGAGCGCAAAGCCUCUCCGUCCAAAGACAGGAAGCACCACCGAUCCCGGGAAAGGAAGAGGUCAAAGAGCAAGUCAAAGUCACCUGACAGAGAUCGUCGGCAAAAGGAUAAAGAACGAGAGAAGGAUGUUAAAGAGAGAGAGCGGGACAGGGAGAGAGACAGGGACAGGAGCCGGAGAGAUCGUGAGAAGGAUGGACAUCGACGGGACAGACGGAAGUCCAGAAGCGUCUCUCCAAAAUCCAAGGAAGCCCGGUUAAAAAAAGAGAAGGAUGUGAAAAAAGAGGAAGAGGAAAAGAAGAAAAAAGAAAAGGCUCAGCCUCUGUCAUUGGAGGAGCUGCUGGCUAAUAAGAAGGCAGAAGAGGAGGCAGAAGCAAAGCCCAAGUUCCUCUCGAAGGCGGAGCGCGAGGCCGAGGCGAUGAAGAGGAGAGAGCAGGAGGUGGAGGAGCGGCGGAAGCUGAUGGACGAGGAGAGGAAGAGGAGGAGGGUAUUCCAGGACAUCGGCAGAAAGAUGCUUGAGGACCCGCAGGAGAGGGAGAGGCGCGAACGGAGGGAGAGAAUGGAGCGAGAGAACAACGGCAACGAGGAGGACGACGGCAGGCAGAAAAUCAGGGAAGAGAAAGACAAGGGCAAAGAGCUGCAAGCUAUCAAGGAGCGGUACCUCGGGGGCGUCAAGAAGCGAAGGAGGACCCGCCAUCUGAACGACAGGAAGUUUGUGUUCGAGUGGGACGCGUCUGAAGACACUUCCAUCGAUUACAACCCUCUGUACAAGGAGAGGCACCACGUCCAGCUGUACGGCCGCGGGUUCAUUGCAGGGAUUGACCUGAAGCAACAGAAGAGGGAGCAGUCGCAGUUCUACGGGGACCUCAUGGAGACUAGGAGGACCCUGGAGGAGAAGGAACAGGAGGAAGUGAGGUUGAAGAAGGUGCGGAAGAAGGAGGCGAAGCAGAGGUGGGACGACCGUCACUGGUCCCAGAAGAAGCUGGAGGAGAUGAUCGACAGGGACUGGCGUAUCUUCAGGGAGGACUACAGCAUCACCACUAAGGGGGGCAAGAUCCCCAACCCCAUCCGCAACUGGAAGGAGUACUCGCUGCCCCCGCACAUCCUGGAGGUCAUCGACAAGUGUGGCUACAAGGAACCCACAGCUAUCCAGCGACAAGCCAUUCCCAUCGGCUUACAGAACAGAGACAUCAUCGGUGUGGCUGAGACUGGUAGCGGUAAAACUGCAGCCUUCCUUAUCCCUCUGCUGGUAUGGAUUACAACUCUACCCAAAAUAGACAGAAUCGAGGACUCGGAUCAGGGUCCCUAUGCCGUCAUCCUGGCUCCGACCCGUGAGCUGGCUCAACAGAUCGAGGAGGAGACCAUCAAGUUUGGGAAGCCGCUGGGAAUGCGAACUGUGGCUGUGAUCGGAGGAAUCUCCCGCGAGGACCAGGGCUUCAAGCUCCGGAUGGGCUGCGAGAUUGUGAUUGCCACGCCAGGGCGUAUGAUUGACGUGCUGGAGAACCGCUACUUGGUGCUGAGUCGCUGUACCUACGUGGUGCUGGAUGAGGCCGACAGGAUGAUUGACAUGGGCUUCGAGCCGGACGUGCAGAAGAUCCUGGAGUACAUCCCCGUGACCAAUCAGAAGCCAGACACGGACGAGGCAGAAGACCCCGAGAAGAUGAUCAUGAACUUUGGGUCCGGAAAACACAAGUACAGACAGACGGUCAUGUUCACGGCUACGAUGCCCGCAGCGGUGGAGAGGCUGGCCAGGAGUUACCUGCGCAGACCGGCUGUGGUCUACAUCGGAUCUGCAGGCAAGCCCCAUGAGAAGGUGGAACAGAGGGUCUUCCUAAUGUCUGAAGGAGAGAAGAGGAAGAAGCUGCUGGAUGUCCUGGCAAAGGGCUUCGACCCUCCCAUCAUCAUCUUCGUCAACCAGAAGAAGGGCUGUGACGUGCUGGCGAAAUCUCUGGAAAAGAUGGGGUACAACGCUUGUACUUUGCACGGUGGCAAGGGCCAGGAACAGAGAGAGUUUGCCCUGUCGAAUCUCAAGGCCGGCGCAAAGGAUAUCCUGGUAGCCACAGACGUGGCUGGGAGAGGUAUCGACAUUCACGACGUGUCUAUGGUGCUCAACUACGACAUGGCCAAGAAUAUUGAAGACUAUAUCCAUCGUAUUGGCCGUACCGGCAGAGCUGGUAAAAGUGGCAUUGCUGUCACCUUCCUCACGAAGGAGGACUCGACCGUGUUCUACGACCUGAAGCAGGCUAUCCUGGAGAGCCCAGUGUCAGCCUGCCCUCCGGAGCUGGCAAAUCACCCGGAAGCCCAGCACAAACCGGGCACCAUCCUGACCAAGAAGAGGCGAGAGGAGACCAUCUUCGCUUGAGCACCGCGCCACCCUCCUCUUUCAAAAAGGACUGCUCUACAGUGUGGUGCUCUGGUGCCAGUCCUAAGGAUGUGUUUGGGGUGGGUGAUAGUUUCCAAAGUAGCUGUCAACAGAAACCUUUCUCUAUUAAAAUCAGGUUGUUCGUUUCUGGCCACCUUAGGAAGAUAUAAAAUGUGUUGCAGGAUGAAGUACUUUGUGGAAACUAGGCAGAGCCCAGAUUAAGGGAUUUUAAAAACUGGAGCUACCCAGGUUUUUACAAAUCGCUGCUGUAGAAGGAUGUUGGGCUGUGAGAGACAAACUGUGUGCCACUGAUACGCCGCAGUCACCCCCCUCUCCCCUGUGCACUCAGCUACUGCAACACACCUGUGAAGCCAGGGGUCUGUAUUUAAUGGGUUAGGGCUGGCAUCCCAGUUGAAGUUUUUGAAACAACUAUAUAGCAUUGUCUAAUCCAGAAUUAGUACAUCUUUGUUCAUGAAAGAUGAGCUUUUAUUUUAGCAUCUGCUGAUUUAUUAUUUUGUAUUUCUUUGCGGUUUAAUUCAUUAGUGUAAUAAAAAGGCAGUGAAAUGAGGUAUUUCUUAUGAAGUCAGCACAAUUUAAUAAAUGUGGACCACUCUGUAUCUUCACCGAUCCAACUCCCGUUCAAGAGAUCUGUAAAGUCGGCAGGACGCUCCUGGAAUUUCCAUUGUGAUUUCAGCAGCUUGAUUUUUUAGAUGGAUAUUUCUAUUGUAAAUAAAUUCUAAAUUUGUUUUGUUAAUGUCAUGUUCUGCUUCACCCUCCCCACCUUAAAAAAAAUAAAAUAAAACAAUUUAAACUCCUA